GCAGCCUUCGGUGCCGCCCCGAGAGGAGGGGCCGGGGGACAAGACCUUUUACGAAGAAGGCGGAGAGGGAACCGCCCAUAGGAGAGGUGGCACCUCCUCUGCUCUUAGGCUUGAUAGCUACCAUGGCAACCCCGAAGGACAGGGCGCGGCCCCUCCUCCCGCAGCCCCGCAAAAGGGAAAAAGGAUGGGGAGCACGGGAAGCGGGGUGACAACACGGCGUGAAAUGGAAGCGGCUGCAGCCGAAGAAGAAAUUCAUCUUUCGCGUCCCCAAGAAAGUAAGCGGCCCCGAGCGGCACCCGGCCCCGGCCUCGCCAAGGGCGAAUCGGGCGGGCCGCCGCUGUGCAGGUUAAGCGGCGCCCAAGACAGAGAGCUAAAGCUGCUGCAGCGGGGCGUGCUGCUGUCGGAGCUGCGCGGCUGCUGGGUGCGGCUCCGCAGCAACCCCAACACGCUGCAGGUGCGCGACUGCCGCGGAUGCCCCGCGCUCUGCGGGCCCGUGUCCACCUCCGUGCGGGUGGACGGCCGCAGCGACUGCCCGUGCGCGCUGGCCGGUUAGCAGCUCCGCACCCACCGCACUACCCACUGCUGGGUCUAUGUGCAAGUCACCAGCCGAGCCAUCAUCGAAGCCUGUCCCAAGAUCUCCUUCACCCCCUACUUCCAGAGUUACCCUGGUAUCGAGAGAGAUUUCGAGUUGUCUGGGCUCAGCAGAAACAAAACAGUAACAACUGGAACCUGGGUGAUAAAGGCGAAACAGUCCGACACCAGCUAUGGACUCAAGGACAGUUUCUUCAGACUCCAGGCCCAAAGUAUAAACAACGUGAGAAGAGGAGGGCAGGCCAGCCAGGAGAAGAGGAGGAGGACACCUUACAAUUUGAGACUACUAAUUGGAUGGUUGACUCCUGUAUGUAAAUGGACUGAAGUCUAUAAAAAUGUGAAAUCAUGUGACCAAGCCCUCUUUUACUUCCAUCUUGGAGCCACUCGGGCAGGGCAGGGGCCACGCUGUGGCCCUGUUGCUGCCAGGGUGUGGCCUUUGAAGGCCUUUUCAAUAAAUACCUAUUUAUUUCCCCU